AUGGACACCCUCCCUCUCGAAUUGAUCCAGCACAUCUUGUCCGACGCGUGCCAGGAUGCGGGCAAGACGGCAGCUUCGCUGCGUUUGGUAUGCAAAUCGUGCUGCGCCUUGGUCGAGCGCUACCGCUUCCGCUCCGUGGCCAUUACAAACAGUGCAAAGGCGAGCAGGUUCCUUGAGAUAUGCAGGGCCUCCCCCGGCGGAGGAUGCGGCAUACGCCAUCUAUUCAUGAUCCUGACUGAACAGGCGCCCAAAGUCGGAGUCGGAGAAGCGAUCAUCCAAAUCGCGGCACCAACCAUAGAAACACUCACCCUCCGCCUCGGGAUGAGCAAUGGCGCCUCAAUAUACCAUACCAUCCUAAGCACGCCCUUCCCGCGCCUUACCCACCUUACCUUCGCGCAUCCAGAGCGACCACGGUACCCACUCGUCCCCAACGACACAUCGCUACGAGUCGACCCACCUUGCUUAUUCCCUGACCUGCGUUAUCUGCGUCUUGCUUUCGGAUGGAGUCCCCUUCUGGACACAGCGCACCAGGGACUCGCACUGUUCGUCGCGCGCGCGUCGCCAUCGAAGCUCACGCACGUCCGGCUGUCCGAUGUGAAACUCACCGUCCGACAAAUUUAUGUUCUGCGCGACGUACUGGGGCUGCCCUUACCCGACUUCUAUCAGUACCAAGAGCUUCAGGAACGGACUCCCCAGCUGCCCUCCAGCGUUCGGCAGUACACAGUGGGCGUGGACACAUCCUUUUACGUCGACAGAAUACGAUUGGCUUCAGAAAUUUGGGAGAAGGCGGAGUCGGUGAGACAGGAGGUUGAGGGGAGCGAGGGAACGAGGCUGGUUCUAAUUCCAGAGUGUCAGUCGGAGACGGGGCGUGAGGCCAGGGAGAAAUGGAUGGAUGUCCGGGCGGGGAAGAAGAAUGCUGAGCAUGACUGGAGCGAAAGUGGUGUCGUCGGCGUACAGGGAUGGGUGGACGCGCUUGAGAACGCGCGGGGGCGGCAAUUCAAUUGUUGA